AUGAUACAGCAAAAGGAGUUAGAGUUAAAGGACAUCAGCGUAAAUUCUGUUCAUCCAGGCUUCGUCAGAACUGAUAUGACUAUGAAACUUGGAUUCUUGUCCACUGAUGAGGCAGCCAAAACUCCAGUGUAUUUGGUUUUAGAGGCACCUGAGUCUCUGCGAGGUGCUUACGUGUGGCACGAUGGAACGGUUUUAGAUUGGUUCGAUCACACAGCAAAUAUUUACUUCACGACAAAAUUUGCUAGGAGUUGGGUACUGAGCAGUGUUAUUGUCAAUUUAAAAGAGUAUAUUUUUAUGUGGAUAAACUAUAUUUUGGAAAAAGUAAGGCUUCCUACAACAAAUAAAACUUUGUAA